AUGGCACCGUCUCAGAUUAAAGAAAUGGAAGUCAGUAUGAAGCAGCAAGAAAAGUUUGCCCACCAAGCAUCCCUGCAUUUUGAAUAUUGUAAGAAGGAGGUGGAGGAUUAUCGUCAACAGUUAUCAGCUGCAAAGAAGCAUGCAGAAUCUGUCGCACUUAUUACUCCAGAACUUGAAAAGGCGUUCCUUGAGACUAUGUACAAAUGCAUGCUUCUGCACAAGAAAGAUGCUGCCAUGCUAGUGAGAUGGGACAGUUUUGAUGGUGGUGGUUCUGAGAUGUCAGGAUUUGAAGCACUGUAUGUGCCUGUUGGUAUGUUGAUCUCCCGCCAUAGCCUGAUUGUUGAAUUGCCUUUUCACUUGGACAAAAUCUGGAUGCAAGCAGGACAACUUCAAGUUCUAAGUGCCCACCACCAAUCCGGAGGGGAACGUUCGGUAUCAACCAUUCUGUACCUAGUUUCCCUACAAGAUCUCACAAACUGCCCAUUUAGGGUGGUUGAUGAGAUAAAUCAAGGAAUGGACCCUAUAAAUGAAAGAAAAAUGUUUCAGCAAUUAGUUCGGGCUGCCAGCCAACUUAAUACACCACAGUAA